CGUAACCCAGUUUCAGGAAAUCGAAAGACAGGACGCGCACACACACACAGUCCAUCUACGUUGUGCAGUGUGAGAGAUCAGGGACAUUUGAACUUAUCCUUUACUUCAGUAAAGUCUUCACAUAUCUGUCUGAGAAUGGAGGACAAGCAAAACCAUGAACAAAGUCUUCCGUCCACGGAAAAUCCAGCAGGGGGCGACAAAGACAAUAAAACUCCUCAAGCUGGCCAAACUCAGGGAAAAGCUGUCAAGAAGAAAAAACGUGUGAGACAUAAGCAGAGGGCAGAACGGGCAUCAUCUGAUAAAAUUGAUACACAACAUAACACUUCUCAUCAGCCAUCUAGCAAAGAAACACAGUGCUUACAACCCCAGUACGUGUCGACUCAAACCUGUGAGCGGUCGACCCAGACGGAGACUCCUGAAACCAUGUCCCAGAACCAGGCUACUCAAACUCUUUCAGUCGAAUGCAUUCACACACAGUCUACUGAAUCAAAAUCAACCCAGACGAAACCUGCCAGGCUGUCAUAUAAACAGCUGUAUGAAGGUCAGAUAUCUGUAAAUGAAGGCCAGGACUGUGCUCCUGACCAGAGCAGAAACCCAGAGCAGCUCACUGUGCUCACCUGGAACAUAGACGGCCUGGAUCCUGAAGAUAUCAAAGAAAGGGUCCCAAGCCUAUUGUUUCAUUUAGGAAAGUAUCGUGCAGAUGUUGUCUUACUGCAAGAGCUUGUCUCACCUUACUUGACAAUUUUAAAAGAGAUUAUGACAGAUUAUGAGUUUUUGCCAGGCAGUGAAGAUGGCUAUUUUACUGGAAUACUGCUUAGAAAGUGCAGAAUUGAAUUAGUUCAGAGCAACAUUGUGAAAUAUCCAACUACAGAAAUGGGGAGGAAUCUGUUAAUGGCUGAGGUAAACUUCUCAGGCCAUCAGCUUUGUUUCAUGACCUCUCACUUGGAGAGCUUAAAGGCCAGCUCACAGGAACGCCUGAACCAGCUGCGCAGGGUCUGGAAGAGGAUGAGGGAGGCACCAGACAGCCAGACGGUCAUAUUUGGAGGAGACACCAACCUGAGAGACUGGGAGAUGAAGAAGUUAGGAGGUCUCCCUGAUGGCAUUACAGAUGUAUGGGAGAUGCUCGGAGAGCCAGAGGACUGCAAGUACACCUGGGACACUGUCAAUAAUAAUAACAAAGACCUCCCAUUCUCUGCAAGACUGCGUUUCGACCGUGUUUACAUGCGAGCAGCGAGAGAAGGCGCUCAGCUACAGCCAGACACUAUGACACUGGUGGGCCUGAAGAGACUGACAUGUGGUCGUUUCACCAGUGAUCACUGGGGCAUUCUUUGCACAUUCUCUUUUGAGUCUUCUGCAGAGUAGUACCUAGUUAUAUUCUGUCCUUUUUACCUAUCUGGUACUCAUACUCUCGAGUUCCGAAUAACCGUGCAUGCACGGCUAUUUAUUUUUGCGAAAAAUUCCCGCCUGCACGGUCUUAUUCGGGCCUACACGCUUAUUCUAUUUGUCAAUACAAGCACGUGUGACGAAUGAGCGAAAAUAACGCCUGAACACAGACGACUCACUACGCACAUGCACAGACACAACGAAGCACCGCCGAUGCACCAACAACACUGCCAGUGGUAAACAAUGGUAUCUAUGAUCGAUUUCAAUCCACCGAAAAUUGACAUGAAUUUCACCCAUCUAGUUCCAUAAGGUAGCAUAUUCUUGAGAUAUAAUAGCAUAGAAGUGAAUUACAAUGCAAUUUUUACAAGUAAUUAAAUACUUAUGCCAGCGGUUCAAUAUUGCUGGCCCUUUUCGGGUCCUGAAGAUUCCAUAGACCAUAAUCACGGAAAUGGCCGGGAAGCGACAGUCAUUGAAAGAGAGAUAUUCUUAAAUGAAUUGUAAUUUGUAAAAGGAGUGGUAAAAUCUUAUGAAAUAAUAAGUGCAAUAAUGCACAGAUAUUUGAAUUAUACAUGAUUAAUAGAACCAUGCUGGAGUGCAGUGACAACAAUUAAUCAACUAUACAUGUAAACUUUCUAGUUUUAAGUAUUUUAUGCUAGCAACAUUCUCAAACGGCAUGAUGUGUGCCGACUAAAAACAGUGUGUAUGUCCAUUGGCUAUGUACAUAUAUUUUGUAGUGCAUAUCUGCACACAGAAUAGUCCCAAUCAGUGAUGUACGGGGGAUCCGGAGACAAUUUUUUGACAUGGUCAUGUCAAAAAAUUUUCUCCAAAUCCCCCAUACAUCACUGAUUGGGACUAAACACAGAAGUGAAGUAAUAAAGCAUUAAGAUAUAGCCUUUUUCCUUAAGUCAUAUUGUAUUAAUUGGAAUUAAGAGGCGUUUGUAUCUAUUGGCUGAUCAUCCCUUCAUAUUCUAAUUGUGAUAUUGUUGAAGAAUCGGAUGAAGACUUAACGGUUCAUGCUCUUUCACCUGCUGGAUUCAAAUGGUGCAAUAAAGUCUUCCUCUGCCUCUGUAAUAGAAUUUUGACAUUUUUAAAUUAGAAUUUUGAUGUUUUAAGACCUUAAAUAAAGGUAAAUUAAAGCAAUUUGCAUACUUGAGUUUCUCAAGCAAAAGUACUCUACUAGUAUCCAGAUAUUCUUUUUGUUUUAGAUAAAAAGAACACGAACAAGAAAUUUUGACAGCCAUGAUAUGAUUUGUCUGUUUACUGAAUUGAUAUUUGGUCUCCAAGAUCUGUUCAGCAUAAUUUUCUAGACUACAAGUGUGCUUAUCGCUUAUUAUAUUUGUCCUAAUGUGCCAUCCUAUACUCUUAUUCCCAACUGCACUAUUAUUCGAAACUCGAGAAUUUUCCGGCCUGCAUGCUUAUUUCCACCCUACACUCUUAUUAAUUUUUGCCCAUUUUGCCGCCUUACACUCUUAUUCCCAACUGCGCUAUUAUUCGGAACUCGAGAGUACUCAGGCAACAGAAUAUCUUAAAUCCAGUUUAUUAACUCCACACGUGUUCACAUUACAUUCUCAUAAGACACUUCUCUCUAAGUGCAGCAGCAACAUAUGUCUAUGUGGGAACAUAUACAGAAAACAUUCUUUCCAUCCUUUCUCUCUUUUUUUCAGAACAAUCAUAACAACUCAAUGCUGUCUUUGUAUUUCAUUGCUAUUA